GCUAUCUUAUCCGUUCUUAUCUGAGCCUCUGCCUCUGAGAGAGUUAACAAUAACUUCUUGUCACAGUUAGUCAGGUGUUAGAGAAAUUUUGCAGACAUGUGUAUGAAAUGCGUACUCUGUUUAGUUGUUGUUUUUGGAUCAGCAAUUGCAGAUGUGGAGCUACCAAAUGACACAGGUCAAUAUGAUUUCCUCAUCAUAAGUCUUAGUGGAAAAACUGUUGAACAGUUCAAACCCAUUCAACAAGAGUUUCAAGAUCUUAUAGCAAAACUAGCAACAGAAUACUGUGCCACCACUAAUGGCUUCCAACACCAGGGGACAAUUAAUGCCACAACAGUUGAAGUAAACAGUGUACUCCCCUGCCCAACAGACUGGCCUGACGCAGAACUUUGUGUCAACACCAACAUCUCUGUACCACUCAACACUACAGAACUUAGUGUCAAACAUCUUCGUGAAAUGUGGAAGACGCAUUCAAACUCCCAGCUGGCAGCUUUGGGUUUGAAGGAUUAUGAACUGCCAUCAAACUACACAAUACUCAUUUUAUGGCUUAGUGUUACUGGGAUCCUGUUUGUCCUGUUUAUAAUUAUACUGAUUUUUGUAAUCAAGACAAAAUUCAUUGAGAACUACAUCCGAAGACGGAGGGAUAUUCUUGGAUCUUCUAACAGGUCUUGGCUCUCUCAGCAUGGAGAAAAACAAUUAGUACCACCCUUUUUUUACCCUGAUCCACCAAGAACAAAGCUUAAGGAGGAUCACUCACACUAUGGCUCUGAAGCUGAUAUACGAAAACGUGGAUUUGGCAUGGAAAACCCAGUUUAUGAUCCUGAACUGGUAGUUAUUCCGAGGGUGGAUAACCAAAUAUCUCAGAGCACCAUUAUCGUUGAUGACUUCGACUCAGAUGAUGAGACGAUCUACCCUCCCUCUCUUUCCAGGCCAGUUCAACAAAGGAACGACAGAGGAAACAACGUGAAAAUGGCAGAUGAACUGGAAACAGCAUUAUAAAUUGACAACUUGUUGGUCUAUCAUGAGAUCCUUUAUACGCAUGUAAAGUAAGAGCUAAUCUGAUCAGACUGGAAAAAAUCACCACUUGUUUUCUUGCAGACCAAUAAGGCGUGAGCAUCUGUUAAUUGAACAUCAAUAAAUAUAAGAGUUUGUAACGUAAUCAAUUACUAAUAGUAGAUUCUUUCAAGCAAUAGAACAAUGUAGGUAUCAACUUGUUUUCUCCUUGCAACAAUACAUUUCUUGUUUCGUUCAUUUGAUUUUUUAACUAAGCAAUUUAUAUUAUACUUUCAUAAAUAUACUGGUUCUAUUAAAAAAAUAUAUAUAUAUUUAUUGCCAGUCGUAA